AUAGCCCGAUUAAAAAAAAAAAAAAGGCAGUUGUGUCUGAAUGAAUGGAUCGGUCGUCUGGAUCCAGCCUGCAGAGAAGCUCCGGUGGUCGGAACUCUGCUCAGAGUCGUGGCAAUCAAGCUACUUCAUCUAACUUCUGAUUCUGCUGUCGUCACACAGGUUUAACAUGAGAAAGUCCGGAUCUUUUUCUGAAGUAGUGUGUUGAGCUCCGGUUGAGACUUCAGAUCUCGAUUCCUGCAUCAAAUCAAACCGGAGCCGGAGGACUCAACUUGCCCAGUAGUUGUUUGAUGAAAUUCCAGACUUGGAGAUCGAAUAUGAUGGUUCUUGAUCACGAAGAGCUUCGGUAACUGUGGCUAAGAAAUUGCUGAGGAGAUAAUUAUUUGAUUCAUUCAUUGUACGUGAAAAUUCUUGUCACCAAAAAGACCUGCAAGCGUGACUGGGCUACUGCAGCAAAGCAUGGGCUCUCCCCCCAGUAUAUAUAAUUUGAGAAAAAAAAUUAUUUGUCUGCCAGAGACCUCUGAGAUCCGAUUCCGAUCGAUUGGGCUGUGAUCUUCACUUCAGAGGUGGAUUCUAAAUGAAUCCCAUGUCGGUCUGUAAGACGACAUCCUCGUCAUUGUCUUCGUCGAGCUCCACCGCCACCGCCAAGAAGUGGAUUGUGCAUGGCCUCCUCGCUGGUGCGGCAAUUGCGGUGGCAAUUGGGGCAAGGGCCUAUCACCUCAGCAGAUCCGGGAGGUUCCGGAGCCGCGUCGUUGGCAUCAUACCCGCCCGUUUCGCCUCCUCUCGGUUUCAGGGCAAGCCUCUGGUUCAUAUCCUUGGCAAGCCCAUGAUUCAGAGGACAUGGGAGAGGGCUAAGCUGGCUUCAUCCUUGGAUUACCUUGUUGUGGCAACGGACGAUGAAAAGAUUGCAGAAUGCUGUCGCGGAUUUGGAGCAAAUGUGAUUAUGACUUCAGAAUCUUGCCGGAACGGCACCGAACGCUGCAAUGAAGCCCUUGAAAAGAUGGACAAGAAGUAUGAUAUAGUUGUCAAUAUUCAAGGUGAUGAGCCCCUUAUUGAGCCUGAGAUAAUUGAUGGGAUCGUUAAGGCCCUGCAGGCAGCGCCAGAUGCUGUGUUUAGUACUGCUGUUACAUCUUUGAAACCCGAAGAUGCAUUCGAUCCAAAUCGGGUUAAAUGUAUUGUGGAUAAUCGUGGCUAUGCUAUGUACUUUUCAAGGGGAUUGAUCCCAUUUAACAAGUCUGGGAAGGUGAAUCCACAGUUUCCUUAUUUGCUUCAUCUUGGAAUUCAGAGUUUUGAUGCAAAGUUUUUGAAGAUAUACCCAGAGCUCCAGCCUACUCCCCUGCAGCUCGAAGAGGAUCUCGAACAGCUUAAAGUUCUCGAAAAUGGUUAUAAGAUGAAGGUGAUCAAAGUGGACCACGAGGCUCAUGGUGUCGACACUCCAGAGGAUGUCGAGAAGAUUGAAUCCUUCAUGCGCGAGAGAAACCUUUCGUAGGCUAGAAUUACCUCGCUCAUCAAGAUCAAGUCAAGAAUUUUAGAUUGAGGACAACUAGUUCACUGCUUCUGUAGCUGUCUUUAAAGACUUGAGGGAAUACGCAUUAAUGACGGCAUUGGGUUAAUUUCAACCACUGGUUCAUAGACUCUUCAGCUGCAGGAAAUAGUAAGAAUCUAAUCUAUUGGAGUGAUUGAUAAAUGGUUCAUUUGCAGAAUAUCCUAUUUUCUCCUAUGAGUGGAACGCGAGUUUGAAAUAUUGCGUAGCGGGAGCCAAUAAAGUCGACACUUCUGGUGCA